AUGUCGGGCUCCUGCAUCUCUCUCUCGGGCUCGUCUGCUUGUCCUGCGUGGGACGAUGCCUCAAUAUCGACCAGCUCCACUAACAUCAAGACCUUUCCAUUCCUCAAGGAUGUCUCGAAUCUCAAGCAGUUCGAUCAGAGUCUGAGUGAUUAUGUCAAGAAAACAUAUCCCAGAUCCCAGUAUGUCGACUUGUUCGGGUGCGAAGGCUUCAACUCUAGCGCAUCAGAACACUACUAUGCCCAAUACACCACCAGCGUUGUUUGCAGCGGUCUCAUCCAGAGCUCGAAAGGUGACUGCCAUUUAUCCAAUGACCAAUCCAAGCCCCUGUGCGCCGAAUCAUGUGCACAGCAAGCCACCAGCGAGCAGGAAAUCAUGGUGAAUUCGGAGCUCUGCCCGACAACCACCAAGGACUACGUGAAACAGAUCCGCGCCGACUUUGAGGUGUGCGCUCAUCCGGCCGACUCCCUCACCGGAACCUGUGUUUCCGGAUCCAAGAACCAGCCCGACAACUGUGGCUUUGCUUCGAACACCAUGGGACUCUGCACGUACUGCGAAUCAAAAUCCUCAAACUCGACCGAUAGUUGCUGCGCCAGCGCCAAUGCCGCAAGUCGAUGCAAAGGAAUCACCGUUCCUAGCACCACGUCUAGCCUGGCGCCCAUCGUGCCGUCAUCAACGUCGAGCUCGGCUGCAGGUGCCGGCAACGCAGGACAUGGCUUGUCUGGUGGCCAGAUUGCUGGUAUUGUGAUUGGAUCUGUUGCGGGCGCCGCCAUUUUGGCCGCCCUGCUUGCCCUGCUCUUGAUCUGUCGACGCCGUCGGCGCAGCGCCCAGACUGAAGCCGCCCUCAACCAACCGAACCCGCAGCGAAGGGGUUCGCCAUCCAUGCACCAAGCAUCAAGUCCCCAAGAAACGUACAACAUGGUCCCUGGGGGCCGUGUUGCGCGGAUGUCUGCUUUGCGCGAGGUUCCCAGCUCUUCACCGGCUUAUUCCCGAACGUCUGCUGCAAUGUUCAGUGGAGCCAAGUACAGUGACUCGUCGGACUCGGAAGCAAUGGGUGCCAGCCCUGGGGCCAUGUCCAAAAGGAUCCCGCCUGUGACUGGAAAGCGCCAGGGUUCGCUCUCGAGCAGCUCUGCUCUGGCUGGACUGGACAGUGACAGCUCGCCUCUUUCGGGCACUGCCAACCAAUACUCGUCCCCAGAGGGAGUGACCAGUGGCCAGUCAGAGCAGCUGUCAUAUUUCCGCGACUACUACUCGCAAGACGACAUUCAUGCUGGAGAUCAGGUCGCUGUCCUCUGGGCCUACUCUCCCCGGGCGGGUGACGAAUUCGAGCUCGACCGCGGGGAGAUGUUGAAGGUGAUUGGCAUUUGGGACGAUGGCUGGGCCACGGGUGUCCGUCUGCCGGAACGGGCGGAGGACUAUGACAUUCGCCAUCGCGAACAGCGCGACAGCGGAGUCUCCAACGGUUCACAGCGGCCGGGCCCUUCGCCUGCGCCUUCGGGCGAGAUCAAGGCAUUCCCCUUGGUCUGCAUCUGCCUCCCGCAGCAUUGGCGAAAAAUCAUCGAUGGUGGGCAGGAAGAUGAGGAAUUUUGA